AUGGGGCUGCUUCCGGGACUCGUUGCGUUCUUGAUCACUGUGGCUGGGGACCCUCUUCACAUUAUCAACCUGGUCGCCGAGGCAUUUUUCUGGUUGGUCUCCCUUCUCCUGGCUUCUGUCGUCUGGUUCAUCUUGGUCCAUAUGACAGACUGGACAGAUGCCGGGCUCCAGUAUGACCUCCUGAUUUUUGGUGCUGCUGCGUCUGUCCUUCUACAGGAGGUGUUCCACUUUGCCUACUAUAAGCUAUUUAAGAAGGCUGAUGAAGGGUUAGCCUCACUGAGUGAGGAUGGAAGAUCACCCAUCUCCAUCUGCCACAUGGCCCAUAUUUCUGGUCUGUCCUUAGGUAGUGGUGUCUUCCCUGUUAUUAAUAUUCUGGCUGAUACACUUGGGCCAGGUGUGGUUAGGAUCCAUGGAAACUCACUUUAUUACAUCUUGACUUCAGCCUUUCUAACAACAGCCAUUAUUUUGCUCCAUACCUUUUGGGGAGUUGUGUUCUUUGAUGCCUGUGAGAAGAGAUGGUACUGGGCUUUGGGCCUGGUGGUUGGGAGUCACCUACUGACAUCAGGACUGACAUUCCUGAACCCCUGGUGUGAGGCUAGCUUGCUACCAAUCUAUGUUCUUCUGAAGUAUCCACAGCCUUUUGUGUAA